GUUCGCGUCGAAGGCGCGCAUUCGGCGCGUGUGCUCUUCGGACGGCGGGACGACGCGCUCUCGAUUGCCAUCGUGUUGCGUGCGACGUGUGCGACUUAUCAAACCACUUCAAGACACUAUCAUCGUGCAAACAGUAUGAACGAAAAUGGUGUCGAUGACAUACGGCAAUAAAAUACUCGCGAGCAUCGCCAUGAACGAACGCAUUCGUCAUCGUAAUUGAGUCCAGGCGCGUCGAAGACAAUGGAAAACUACACAGAAUCGUCGGAGAAUUCGAACGCCAACAAAACAACCGCGAUCUUCUCGAUAGGCCCGGACUGGUUUCAAGAAUGGCGACAACAGCGAGCGAAAGACAAGUUCUGCAAGACAGUGUACAACGGCCUGCUCACCUACACGGAAUGCAUCCAGGCGUUCAAUUCGACGACGUACUUUGAGAGUUGGGACCCGGAUCCGUUGGACCUGUUCACUAAUAGUUCAUAUCGUGGCUUGAAUGGUAAUCUUGUAUUGGAUCCAACUGGUGAUGGUGGGGGUAACCGUACAGACGAUGGUAACAUCACGGCGACAGAGGUGACACUGCAACCCGUUUUACCACCGUUUGAACUCUGGCAGACCAUACUCAUCGCCAUCUGUUUGGCACUCUGCAUUAUCCUCACUGUUGGUGGUAACAUCCUGGUAUUGUUGGCGUUCAUUGUCGAUAGGAAUAUUCGACAGCCGAGUAAUUACUUCAUCGCAUCACUGGCUGCGACUGACAUGCUCAUUGGUACUGUUUCCAUGCCGUUUUACACCGUUUACGUGCUGAUGGGUUAUUGGGACCUUGGGCCACUGCUGUGUGACCUCUGGCUUUCGGUGGACUACACCGUAUGUCUUGUCUCGCAGUAUACUGUGUUGUUGAUCACCAUCGAUCGCUUCUGCUCGGUGAAGAUAGCUGCAAAGUAUCGCAGCUGGCGGACGAAAAAUCGCGUCGUGUGGAUGGUCUUCAUUACUUGGAUAAUACCCGCGUUGCUUUUCUUUAUCAGUAUCUUCGGAUGGGAGCAUUUUGUUGGUUAUCGUGACUUACAACCUGGUGAAUGUGCUGUACAGUUCCUCAAAGAUCCGGUUUUUAAUACGGCGCUUAUCAUUGGGUACUAUUGGACCACACUAAUUGUACUUUUCAUUCUGUAUGGAGGUAUUUACAAGACAGCCUAUGAAAUGCAGAAGAAAAGCGAAGCAAAACAGCGGAAAAUGCAGAGUAUGGUGGCGUUGAGUGCCGGUGCCAUGUCAGGAAUGGCAGGUCGUGCAGCGGGUAUUGGUCUCGCCAAAACUCAAAGUACGCCAAUGGCACAAGAGAAGCCACAGAUAGCUACAACAGUUUUAGGAGGUUCUGUGAAAGAACGUCCAGCGCAACCGGUCGUGUCGGACUCUAGUUCGAAAAUUACUAGUGCAGCAACGACCACCACUACGACUGCCAAUACCACGGUCACAACAGAUAUCAGCAGUCAAUCUGCCGGCGCUAAGUUAACCGCCAUCCCGACAGAUAAUCGUGUUGGUCUUCCAGGUGGUAACAAUCAGCGUCCCCAGCUGGCAACCAACGCCGGCGGCGAGACCAAUGAUAAAUCAGAACGCAGUAGUAGUCCCGCUUUUGAAUCGGAUGAGGACAGCACAGUUCAAAAUAACCAACAGCAGCAAGCACAAGACCGUACGCGUAAAAGAAGUUCCGUUGUUGAAAUAAUGCUCCAGCUUAGCACCUCGCCAAUGUUCGACUGUCCCAAUAACAAUAAUCGCAUCAAUGGUGGUAUACCCAACGCAGACUGCGAGGUACCUGUGAUUGGUGGAUUGCCACAAUCGCGGACUAUGUCUAGGAUUCAAGAGCAAGUCAGCAGUGCGGAGGAUUCAGGAGCGUCUGGGUCAACGACUACCCUAGGUGGUGGUUUGCUGCCCAAGGAUAAGUCGACCCGUACGCCCACUUCUACCAACGUGGUAAACCCUGGGGUAGGUGCUGUCAGUGUUUCCCCUUCGCCUUCGCCCUCGCAAAAGUCUUACAUUAUCCCGCCGCCGCUGCAGUUCCAAGGCAGUCCCUCGCCUGCGUCCAAAUGCCGCGCCAGCUGCCACCCCGAUAGCUUGCAACCGCCUACAUCAAAACAGUCAUCCGCAGAAUCAUCACCAUCUUUGGCCCCCAGUAGCCGUUGUUGUAGCGGCCAGCCCAAUGGCCAGUGUAACAGUAACAGUAACAGUAGCUCCAUGCAUCCGUCACACAAGACAUACGACCUCCUGGUAGGCUUAGACGGGGCCGACCUGCGCUUUAUGGACGAAAGCUCGAUCGUCGUGCCGUCACCGCUAUGCGAAUCACCCACUCCGCAUGCCACCCCCGCUCAUGACUCUGUUGCUUGCCUGCUGCAGGGCGCCGUAGAUCGCACGAGCUUGCUGGCGGUGGCAACACCGCGCCCGUCACCGCCCAAGCAAUCGGCACGCAAAGCCGACACAGCGGUCACACUUUCCGCUGAGCGCACAGUUACUUCCAUUGUGAGCGAGCUGCAAGAUAGCGACAAUCGUGACGGCACCGAACCAAGCACGCCGCAAGGUGGCACUUCUGCAGUCAGCCAGACAGGUAACGCCGCCGCCCUCUUGGCGGCGACCACCAUUGUGGAAGUGACGCGCAAUAAACAUACAUUUGCCAACACAGAACCCGAAGAAGCCGGUGCCAGUCGCUCCGGGUCGAGGCGAGCUUUCGUCAAAGCCCUAGGCCAGAAACUGAGGAAGAAGAAGAAGAAACUACCCGUGCCGGGACCAUUCGGCGCCUUCGGUCGCCAGAAGUCCAAAUCAGAGAACCGCGCUCGUAAAGCCUUCCGUACCAUCAGCUUCAUUCUCGGCGCUUUCGUUAUCUGCUGGACACCGUAUCAUGUCCUUGCGCUCGUCGAAGGCUUCUGCGCCACGCCACCGUGCACCAACGAGCACCUCUACAUGUUCGCCUAUUUUCUUUGCUAUGCCAACAGCCCGCUCAAUCCAUUCUGCUAUGCGCUGGCCAACCAGCAGUUUAAGAAGACCUUCAUGCGCAUUCUCAAAGGCGAUCUGCAUCUCACGUAGGCGCGAAGCUUGUAAUGCGAAACAAUAAAAAUGCAUUCGAAACACCAAAAACGGCGAUAAAAAUAAAACUCACACUCACAACGACGCACAGUUUGCUCGUCAUCACCUUUGAAUUGCCUUUUUUUAGACUCAUUGACGACGCGGUCGAAUUCACGAAUUAUCAAAGGUGAGCAGACUGCCGACAACGCGAUUGCUGGUUGGUGUGUGCGUGUGUGUGUGUGCGUGUGUGUGUGUGUGUGCGAAUAUAGAUUAAUGUGUAUGAAUAUGUGUGCGUGUGCUCAAAGUCAAUGAAUCUCAAGCAGCCACAUACGCGACGCGCACGACAAGUCGAUUUCUCAAAAUUUCAACUGACAAUAAUUAAACUAAAUGGAACCUUGUAUGUUAUUCCAGAACGUAGGCUAAGCUAUCGUGUAAAAAUUUUUGGGACCCAUAUAGGACGAGCAAAACCAGCUUUACUUGUAAAAUUCUCAUCAUCGGAGCAUUCAUGUUGAGAAAUGUGCAAAUGACAAAUAUAGCGUCUUAGCGAACAAUUCCUAGGAAAUUAUUUAUCCAAUCGUAAUCAAUAAUACCAAUUUAUAUCACCGUAUAUGAAAAAUUAUCAAAUAAUUCUUAGAUUAUUCGAAGCUUGGGCAGCUUAAUUGAUUUUGCAAUUUUAUCAAAGUCUCAAGUAAUGACAAAGUAUCUACAAUAAUAAACACUCAAAAAUUGCAAAAUGCAUUGUAAAUACGUGCUUAAUAUUACACAAAUAAUUGUAAUUUACGGUAGUUUCCUAAGGAUAUACUCUAAUAGUACACUUGUUUUGAAAACAAAUUUAUCUUGUAAAUACUCGUUAAAAUGUUGGUUUAAUUUUGAGGGUUUACACGAACUUCUCAUUCGGCGAAUCAUCGACACUUGAAAUUCACGAUACUGAUUAAUAAAACAUAACAGGCCGGAUGGAAUAUAAUUGAGCCCGUAUUCUAUUCGGCUGAGAAAACAAUUCAUUCAUUUCCUGCAUGUCUACAAUCAUGUUUGAUUAUAAAUCAGAAAAAACAAACAAAUUCAAUUUUUAAGUAAGUCAAGUAUCGCCAUGCAGGAGUGAAUUGAAUUGAAUAUCACAAUCGAUGAUUGACUCCAUGACACGUUCGUAGUUUCCAGUAUUCUAAUUACCACUGCGACCGUUUUAGUACAAAAAACAAAAACUGUUUAAUUUCUCACACGUCAAACCUGUGAUAUUCGGCGUAUCGAAGUAAAACGUACGCGAAGCAAACAAAAAUUGUGUAUCAAAUGUAAUAAAUUGUAUUAUAAACAAUCGUUGUGCAUGUGUCAACACAGUCUAGUCACACACGUGUUGUGUUUAAUCGUAAACAAAUAAUUUCAAAGCAAAACAUCUACGUAUGUACUAUGUAUAGAUGUAAAUUGUAAUUGUAAGAUAACUAUAGCAGAGCAUACGAGACAAUUUAAUACAUAAUCAACAUGAAACACAAUGGACACAUAUAUGCAUAUAUACCUACAAUAGGGUAGGAAGGUAGAUGUGUGGAUGACUGGAUGCCACAACUAAAUUUAUAAUCCAUGUGAGCUUGGAGCGGUCAGUGUCUGGUGACCACUGGCGACCACACUUCACUUCAAAAUCCGCUUGCGUCGUUUUCUACCCGCCAUUUCUCCACUCAUGUCGAUUACAUAUCAUCGGAUGUCUCUUCCAUUACUUUUCGGGCCUUGUCAAUUCCUUACUCCUGAAGUCGUACUUAGCGCAAUAACUAUGUAAAAAUUGUUUCAAGAUAUACGAUUAAUGUGCUUUUGGGCGACGAAAUGUGCGAGCUGCGUUAAUUAUAUUAGCUCAAUGUAAUGUGACAAAAGAUAAAUGUACAGCUUAGAUUAUGUUCCCAUUCAAGUCUCAAUUUGUUAUACCAGUUUGCCAACACAACAAUGACAGCGCAAACACCUUGUUUGUUCAUUAUCUGUUGUAGUCAUAUGUGCUUAGGCUAACUAGCAAUUGCGAUUAAUUAAAUUUGUUAUCUAAUCAGUAGCGGAAUUAUGCAAUGUUAUGUUGCUCGUUUGAAUAUUUGAAGAUUUAUUAUCGAGUUACAAAUAAGUAUUGAAUUCAAAAAAGGCAAAUUGAUUUUAAUUAAAUAAAUUUUAUUACUGAAAAUAUAAA